AUGGAAGAAAAUAUUGUGAAUGGUCACCAUGCAUUGCUUAAUCCGGGAGAGGAAGGUGAACAGGACAUAUUUGGGUAUAAGUCCAGUCGAUACCGCAGUGUCCUGUUUGUCAUAGGAUCCAUUCUAACCUGUGGAUUUCUGCUGCUUCUGUUUUACUGGAGGCCUGAAUGGGAUGUCUGGUGUAAGUGUAUUCAGUGCACCUUGCAAGAAGCUGAUAUUGUCCUGCUUAGAACAACAGAUGAAUUUAAAAUCUGGACUAAGAAGAAAGUGAUGUGGAUUCAAUUGUCUUUCCCCAGUAGUGCAGCCAGAGCUGCUCAACAACACUCAUUUCUCUCUGAUGAGACAUCAUUGCUGCACAGAAUUGUCAUUCAACCUGAAUUAAAGGUGCGUUUUAUUGAAAUUCAAAAGAUCAGAUACAUCUGGGACCUCAAUGAAAAACAAUUUGUUCGAGCUGAAGUACUGGAAGACAGGCACUCCUGUGCUGAUAAUCGUAAUAAAUUUGGAUCUGGACUGACAACCACAGAAGAGGCUACCAGGAGAUUAAUAUUUGGACCUAAUAUAAUUGACAUCCGCAUUUCUCCCAUUUGGAAGCUACUUUGUAAGGAGGUUUUAAAUCCAUUUUAUACAUUUCAAAUAUUUAGUGUGUGUUUGUGGCUUUCUGAGGAUUAUACAGAAUAUUCAGUUGCACUCAUAAUUAUGUCAUUCAUUUCCAUUGCCUUUUCUGUGUAUGAUGUGCGGCAGCAAUCGAUAAAGUUGUACAAACUUGUAGAAUCUCACAAUAACAUGAUGGUCACCAUCUGCAGAAAAGGUGGAGGAUACGAGAAAGUGCCGUCGAGUGAACUGGUGCCAGGCGAUGUAUUCUUAGUAACAGGAAAUAAGCAAGUAAUGUCCUGCGAUGCCAUACUGAUCCAUGGGGGCUGCAUUGUCAAUGAGAGCAUGCUUACAGGUGAAAGUAUUCCUGUAACAAAGGCGCCAUUGCCAAGUGUAGUUAACCCUAGCUGCUGGAAGAGCUCAACUGAAGAUUACAAACGUCACAUUCUGUUCUGUGGGACCCAAGUCAUUCAGUCAAAAGCAACAAGCGAGGGUGAAGUGAAAGCUGUUGUCUAUCGAACAGGUUUUACUACUACCAAGGGGGAGUUAGUGAGAUCCAUUCUGUACCCAAAACCAAUGGACUUCAAACUGUACCAAGAUGCCUUUCAUUUCCUGUUAUGCUUGACAGUCAUUGCAACAAUUGGAAUGAUAUAUUCAGUUUGUAUCCUUGUGCUAAAUGGGGUACCACCAGGGAAAGUUGUGAGGAAAGCACUUGAUGUGAUAACUAUUGCUGUAUCACCUGCCCUACCAGCUUCUGUGACUAUAGGCAUAAUAUAUGCUCAAGAAAGACUGAAAAAGAAGGGAAUCUUUUGUAUCAGCCCACAGAGGAUCAAUAUUUGUGGACAGCUGAAUCUUAUCUGCUUUGACAAGACUGGAACUCUGACUGAGGAUGGACUGGAUUUGUGGGGCUUAGUAUCAACUAAAGGAAAGGGUUUACAGAAUAUAUUCAAGUUUAACAGUGGGGAUAUGAUACCAUGGGGGCCAUUCUUUGGUGCUAUGGUCAGUUGUCAUUCACUAGUCCAUGUAGACAACACUCUUCAAGGUGACCCUUUGGAUUUGAAAAUGUUUGAGAUCACUCGUUGGGAGUUGAAAGAAAAUACAAUGUUAAAGCUGCAAAAUGAGGAAACACAUUCAUUCAUUGUCAAACCAGGACCUAAAGCUAACAAGGUAUCAAAGGAAGGAAUUAUUGUCCUGAAACAAUAUCCAUUCUCACCAACACUCCAGAGAAUGUCAGUUAUAACUCAAGUGAUUGGAAAAGAAAAACUGACUGUUUACCUCAAGGGAGCACCUGAGAUGGUUAUUCAACUAUGUAAACCUGAAACAGUUCCACGAAGUUUUUCAACCGAACUGCAGCGUUACACAAAGCAGGGUUUUCGAGUUAUUGGAUUUGCAUUUAAGUCUUUUUGGAAUGGCAGAGAUAUCAAUGUCGCCAAUUUAACUAGGGAAGAUGUGGAAUCUGACCUAGUAUUUCUUGGAUUACUGAUUCUCGAGAACAAACUGAAACCACAGACAAUCCCUGUACUUUCUGAGUUGUCUAAAGCCAGGAUUCGAACAGUUAUGAUCACAGGUGAUAACUUGCAGACAGCUGUAACAGUGGCGAGAAAUGCUGGGAUGAUUCCAUUAACUCACAAAAUCAUUUUAAUUGAAGCCUCAAAAGCUAAGGAAUCUGGUCCAGCCGUCAUCACCUGGAAGACAAUGGAAAAUGGCAAGAACACUGGUCAGAUUUGUACUGAUGAAACUAACAUUCCUAUUGAUGGGUUUAAAAAAAAGAAAGACUUCCAUUUUGCUAUGACUGGAAAAUCUUAUAACACUUUAGUGCAGCACUUCAAUCAUUUAUUGCCCAAGUUGCUUAUAAGUGCUACAGUUUUUGCUAGAAUGUCACCAACCCAGAAGGGAAGCCUUAUAGAGGAAUUUCAAAAAAUGGAUUAUUAUGUGGGAAUGUGUGGAGAUGGUGCAAAUGACUGUGGGGCUUUAAAAACUGCUCAUGCAGGAAUUUCGUUGUCCGAACAAGAAGCCUCAGUAGCUUCACCAUUUACCUCGAAAAUUCCAAAUAUUGGCUGCGUGCCACAACUUAUCAGGGAAGGAAGGGCUGCACUGGUGUCUUCAUUUUGCAUAUUUAAGUAUAUGGCUCUCUACAGCAUGAUCCAGUAUGUUGGGGUUUUGUGUCUAUACUGGGAAGCAAAUACAUUUGGGAAUUAUCAAUUUUUGUUUGAGGAUCUAGCUAUUACAACAGUUAUUGGUAUCACAAUGAGCUUUAAUCAUGCAUAUCCACAGUUGGAUCCAAAUCAACCUCCUGGACAGCUUAUCUCUCCACCUUUGCUGCUGUCGGUUAUUCUUAAUGUUAUUCUAAGCCUGGUUUUACAUGUGUUUGGAUUCAUAAUGGUCCAGCAACAGCCUUGGUACACACCCACAGAUAUAUACAGAGCUUGUAACCCCAAAAAUCUAACCAGUGAUGGUAAAACCACAUCUAACAAGUCAACAGACACUAUUGCCAUCUCUCUGAGAAAUGAAGAUAGCUACAAGAGUUAUGAGAAUACCACUGUGUAUCUUUUAUCUCUUUUCAAUUGCAUAUCAACAGCAAUUGUAUUCAGCAAAGGAAAGCCCUAUCGCAAACCAAUCUAUACUAACUAUAUUUUUAUGAUUGUCCUUUUGACUCAGGUCGGAACAUGUCUGUAUUUCCUUUUUGGUGAACAUGAAACUUUAUACAAUGCUCUGGAUCUUGUUUGCAUCCCGAGAAGCUGGAGGGUUUAUCUUCUAGCAAUGGUUCUUGUUCAUUUUGCUGUCAUAAUGGCCAUUGAGGAAAUGUUAAUAGAAAACAGAUGCCUCAGGGUGUUCCUAACAAAGUGCUGCAAAGUAAAAUCUACACAGCGCUACAAGAAGAUGCAAAGAAUAAUAAUGAAAGAACCAAACUGGCCUCCUGAAGAUGAUACAGACUAUACAACAUUUUGUAUCAUGGAUGAAGCAACUCUGGAAGCAUAUUCUAAUAUGAACAAUGAACAUGACAAAGACUCCAAAAUGGCCUCAAAUGGAUUUGCAAAUACUUCAAAGCAAAAUAAGGAGGAAGGCUACAACAAAGAUGGCAUUUAAAGUGGUUAUUGAUACUGCUGCAGAAAACUUUGGUUUCACACUGUAAUACCAUUCCACCAGCAAACACUUCCAAUUGACUAAUGGUCUUUGGUAAACAGUUUAAUAAUGAAGUACAAUAAUCAGUGUGGGAUUAAUGUAGGUGAUUUUCAAAGUAAUUAACCUAAUU